AUGACUGCUGCAGGCAGCAACGCGUUGCCGGCUUCGAACGGGGCAGGCGAGUCCAACGGCGUGGCGUCCCCGCAGCCGCGCAUGAACGAUCUGCGCAUGCAGAAACCGAGGGAAGUGCGCAGUCUGCUGAAGCUGUUGAAGCGGAAGAAGGCGCGGCAGAAUAAGAGCCAAAAGCAGCUGCAGGCGGCCGUGGAGGCGGAGCGCGAGCAGCUGAGGAAGUGCGUCUCGCUGCAGUCCAUGAACCCGCAAAAUGCUCACAUGAUUGGCGGCCGCCGCCACGUGCGAGGCGGCGCCGCGGGCGCGGGCGGGGAUGCGAUUGCAGAGGAAGACGAGCAGACCGAGAGCGAGCAGGGUGACGAGGAGAGCGAAGACGCAGGAGGCAAGCCGAAGAAGAACUCGCGCGCCGGCGGGUUCGCCUCUACCGAGCCAGGGGAGAGCAGCGACGAUGAGGACUCCGAUGCGCCCAACGUGGACAUCGAGUACCUCGUCGCAGACGAAACGGAGGGCCCCAACGCGGAUCUCGCGCGCGAGUUUUUCGGCGAAGUCUUUGAGCGCUUCAAGCCCGCAGAGGACGAGCAGGAGGAAGAAGAAGAGGAAGAGGAAGAGGAAGAGGAGGAGAGCGCGAAGAAGGGACAGGACCUUACGCUCGAGGACGAAGAAGAUGACGAUGAGGACGACAAGAAGGAAAAGGGCGGGAAGAAGCUGACCAAAAAGCAAAAGAAACUGAUGAGCCGGCCGUCCCUGGCCGAGUUGAAACAAAAAACCAGCCGCCCCGACAUGGUGGAAGUCUGGGACACAACCAGUGCAGAUCCCGAGUUCCUCGUCUACCUCAAGGGGCUUAGAAACACGGUUGCCGUGCCGCCGCACUGGUCGCAGAAACGCAGAUAUCUGCAGUGGAAGCGGGGCUUUGAAAAGCCUCCCUUCAAGCUGCCUCCUCACAUUGAGGCCACAAAGAUCAGCGAGAUCCGGUCGGCCCUGGUGGAGGCAGAGAGCCAAAAGAGCCUCCGGCAGAGAAUGAGGGAGAAAGUUCGACCAAAGCAAAACCGCCUUGCAAUCGACUACCAAGUCCUCCACGACUGCUUCUUCAAGCACGCAGUGAAGCCUGUGCUAACGGGCUUCGGCGAUCUCUACUACGAAGGCAAGGAGUUCGAGAAGAAGAACCGAAACUUCACUCCGGGUCAGCUGUCUGACCGCCUCAAACAGGCGCUCGGCAUGGGCCCCCUCGCGCCCUCGCCCUGGCUCAUUAACAUGCAGCGAUACGGGCCGCCGCCGGCGUAUCCGCGGCUCAAGCUCCCCGGCCUGAACGCGCCGAUCCCCGCAGGCUGCAGCUACGGCUACCACGCCGGCGGUUGGGGCAAGCCGCCAGUGAACGAGUUCGGUCAGCCGCUUUUCGAGACGCCUGAGGAAGGCGACACGGAAGAAGAGGAGCGUGAGCAGGUCGCUGGCCUCCUGUGGGGCGAGCUGCCUGACGCGGGCGAGGAAGACGAGGAGGAGGAAGAGGACGGUGAAGGCAAGGAAGGAGCCCAAGCAGGGGCGCCUGGCGGCGAGACGCCGUUCAUGGAGGGCAUUUCGAGUCUGGGCGGCGUCACGUCGCUGGCCUCGGGUCUGGAGUCUCCCGCGUCCUCGUUCGACAUCCGCAAGCGGCCAGAGGGCACGUCGUCUGUUGCCUCCUCGACUGCGAAGCCGUACACGAUUCUGACUCCGCAGGAGGUCCCCGCGGGUCAGCAGCAGGGCCAGCUGUUUGGCGUGAAGCACACGUACCGCAUUCCCUCGACCUUGCCCGGCGGCGGCGCGGGCAACGCGCCCGGCUCGGCCACACCCACGGGGCACAUGACCCCGCGCAACCUCCUCUCCUCCGGGGUCGCGACUCCCUCGGGUGUACGUACUCCGUUCGGAGGCGCGCGGACGCCCCUCGUCGGGCCAGGAGGCUCCGCGGCCUUCGGCUCUGCGCCCGGCACGCCCUUCGUCCCCGGCACAGCCAGCGGCGCGCAGACCCCUGCGCGAACGACUGGCUUCCGCACGCCCGCCGGCGUCACUGUCAGCCUCAACCCCAACGAAAUGGAGCAAGAGGGUGUCUUCACUGCGGACGUCAUCCGCCAGCAGCUGCGUCAACACGAAGAGGCUGCCGCGCGGGCCAAGCAGGCCGCCGGCCAGGUGGAUCCGACAGACACGCGCAAGCGGAAGGGAGACGAGAUCCGAGGCACUCAGACUGUGGCGAAGUCGAAGAAGAAGAAGCAGUUCAAGUUCUGA